ACAAAUCACAUCACUAGUUGAUGUGAGUAUUAAAAAAAAUAUACAGCUUGCAGUACAAAUGGCAUCGACAUCUAGAUUGGACAAUAACAAGGUGUGCUGCUAUGCACACCCCGAAUCUCCUCUAAUCGAGGACUACAGGGCUGGCGACAUGAUUUGCUCCGAAUGUGGUCUGGUGGUUGGCGACCGCGUAAUUGAUGUGGGCUCCGAGUGGCGAACCUUCAGCAACGAAAAGAGUGGCGUAGACCCAAGUCGUGUUGGUGGUCCCGAGAAUCCUCUUCUUAGCGGCGGAGACUUGUCCACCAUAAUUGGUCCUGGCACGGGAUCCGCCUCCUUCGACGCCUUUGGGGCACCGAAGUACCAAAACAGACGUACCAUGAGCAGCUCGGAUCGCUCGCUUAUUUCAGCAUUUAAGGAAAUUUCAUCCAUGGCCGAUCGCAUCAAUUUGCCGAAGACUAUUGUUGAUCGCGCCAACAACUUGUUCAAACAGGUCCACGAUGGAAAGAACCUCAAAGGUCGAUCCAAUGAUGCCAAGGCGUCCGCUUGUCUGUAUAUUGCUUGUCGCCAGGAAGGAGUGCCUCGCACGUUUAAGGAAAUAUGCGCCGUCAGCAAGAUCAGCAAAAAGGAGAUUGGCAGAUGCUUUAAACUAACACUGAAGGCACUUGAAACCAGUGUCGAUUUAAUCACCACAGCAGACUUUAUGUGCCGCUUUUGCGCCAACUUGGACCUCCCGAAUAUGGUUCAACGCGCUGCCACGCACAUUGCAAAAAAAGCCGUCGAAAUGGACAUUGUCCCAGGUCGUUCGCCAAUUUCGGUGGCCGCAGCUGCGAUUUAUAUGGCCUCACAAGCCUCGGAGCAUAAAAGAAGUCAGAAGGAAAUCGGUGAUAUAGCCGGUGUGGCCGAUGUAACCAUCCGGCAGUCCUAUAAACUAAUGUAUCCGCAUGCAGCUAAGCUCUUCCCAGAAGACUUUAAGUUUACCACUCCUAUUGAUCAGUUACCACAAAUGUAAAUCUUUUCAUAGAACCGAUGCUCAAUACUAACGCUAACGUUAAGAAAAUGAAGAAAUCUUAAUUUAAUCACAAAGUUUACGAUUUUAUUAAAUAAAGUUAGCAUAACUAAUAUUCAA